AUGCAGGGCUUCAAUCUGAAGGAAAGUGUGAUCCUAAGAAAGAAAUUAAGCAUUGAUAACUUAAAAGGAGAAAAUCAGAACUCAUCAGAGGCCAAAAAAGAAACUGCUAGUUUGAAUCAAGCUUCUGCAAACUCAAGAAGAUUUUUCUUUCAUCAAACCAAAAAGAUCUUUGUUGGUUCCUGGAAUAUUGGAGGCAUUGCACCACCCAAGAACUUGGACUUGGAAGAUUGGCUUGACACGGAAAAUAAUUCGGCAGAUAUUUAUGUUUUGGGGUUCCAAGAAAUUGUACCUCUAAAUGCUGCAAAUGUGUUAGGUCCACAGAAUAGAAAAGUUUCUAGGAAAUGGAAUUCUCUAAUUGGUGCAGCCCUUAACACUAGAAUACCAACAAAGAUGGUUGAUGAAGAUAAAAUAGCUGAACCUCAGAAGAUAUAUCCUUUGAAGGAACAUAUUUGUUCAGGAGGUGAACAUGGACAAGAUUUUCAAUGCAUCAUAAGCAGGCAAAUGGUAGGAAUGUUUAUUACAAUUUGGGUUAGAUGUGAUCUCCAUAAAUCAAUCAAGCACUUGAGUGUCUCAUCAGUUGGAUGUGGAAUCAUGGGUUGCUUGGGAAACAAGGGUUCAAUAUCAAUUAGAUUUUACUUGCAUGAAACAAGCUUCUGCUUUAUAUGUAGCCAUCUAGCUUCUGGUGGAAAAGAACUAGAUCGAAGACAGAGAAAUGUUAAUGCAGCUGAUAUUUUGUCCCGGACAAUCUUUCCUUCUGGUCCUCUUCAAGAUAUGCCUCAAAAAAUUAUUGAUCAUGACCGAGUAGUAUGGCUAGGUGACUUGAACUACAGGAUAUAUAUGCCAGACUCUACAACACAAUCAUUGAUCAAGAGAAGAGAGUGGGAAACCUUGUUGAAACAUGAUCAGCUGAAGAUGGAGCUCAUGGAAGGCCAUGUAUUCCAAGGUUGGCGUGAAGGAACUAUUGAGUUUCCACCUACAUACAAGUAUCGCCCAAAUUCUAAAGAUUACUUAGGCUGUGAUCAGCAGCAACCCAUGAGCAAAAAGAGGCGUGCCCCAGCAUGGUGUGAUCGAAUAAUAUGGUUUGGGAAGGGAAUGAAGCAAACACAAUACAACAGGAGUGAGUCAAAGCUUUCAGAUCAUAGGCCUGUUCGAGCAAUUUUCACAGCUGACAUCAAGUCAACGUAUACAGUGUUAAGAAAUCUGUCACUAAAUUAG